UAGUUAACGUAGAAUCCAUAUAAUGCCGGAUUUUGCAAAAUAUUCUGAAUCUACUCUACAAUUACUCAAGACAAAAAAAAAGAAUGGCUUUUGGAAAAAGCACUCCACUUAUUUUGUCUCUUUCCAAUAACCAACAAUUUAAAUGAAGUGGGAAACAGCUAAGAGACCCAGCUUGGGCUCUUCGGAAUUGGAUCCAAGCACCCAGUCGAACUACUCGAACUUCCGUGUCGUUAAUACCGGCCUUGACUUGAAAAUCGAGUUCUCUGAAAAAAAAGUUCUGGGGUUUGUCAAUUUCGAACUCGAAAAUUUAAGCAGUUCUGACCGUAUCGUUCUUGAUACAUCGUACUUAGAGAUCUUUGAGGUGUCUGUGAAUAAGACUCCUGUAAGCUAUGAGUUAGUUGCUCGAGUUGAGCCUUUGGGUUCUGCGUUAGUGGUUCCCCUAAAAUCCAAUGACUCGAAGAAACUCCAUUUGCAAAUCAAGUAUAGUACUACCGCUAAAUGCACUGCAUUACAGUUCAUUGAAGCAUCAACUGGGCCAUAUUUAUUCUCACAGUGUCAAGCAAUUCAUGCUCGUAGUUUAUAUCCUUGUUUUGAUACCCCAGCAAUCAAGUCUACUUUUGAUAUGAAAGUGAGCUCUCCAUAUCCUACAUUGAUGUCUGGUAGACCACAAGAAAAGUAUGCUGAUGAUAAAGAUGUUUACUGCUUCAGCCAGCCAAUCCCAAUCCCGUCUUAUCUUGUGGCCCUAGCCUCCGGGGAUAUUGAUAAGUUACCAAUUGGACCUCGUUCAGACGUUUAUUCUGAAAAAUUCAACCUCAAAGACUGCCAAUGGGAAUUCGAAAAAGACAUGGAAACGUUUAUUCAAAUUGCCGAAGACUUAAUAUUCAAUUACGAAUGGUUGAAGUUCGACGCUUUAGUCUUACCACCAAGUUUCCCGUAUGGAGGUAUGGAAAACCCAAAUAUUACUUUUGCUACACCCACUUUGAUCAGUAAAGAUAGACUGCAAGUGAAAGUGAUGGCUCAUGAAUUGGCCCAUUCAUGGCUGGGUAAUUUGGUGACCAAUUGUUCUUGGGAACAUUUUUGGCUUAAUGAAGGUUGGACAGUCUAUUUAGAAAGAAGAAUUCUAGGAGCCUUGAGCACAAAAGAAGCUUUGAGUAAAGGAAUGUCUCAAGAAAAUGCUACCAAGUAUGGAGAACAAGUUCGUAAUUUUGCAGCUAUAAUUGGAUGGAGUGGCUUAGUUGACACUGUUAAAACUUUGAAACCUGAAUUUACUAGUUUAGUCUGGAACCUCAAGGAUAAAAUUGAUCCUGAUGAUGCUUUUUCAAGAAUCCCUUAUGAAAAGGGGUUUAAUUUCCUAUUCUUUUUGGAAAAAACUUUAGGUUUGGAAGACUUUAAUGAUUUCAUAAAAUACUAUUUUGCAAAAUUCAAGUAUCAAUCAUUAGACUCUUACCAGUUCAUUGAUACGCUUCAUGAUUUUUUCAGUAAAAGAAACAAAGAUAAAAUCCUUGACAGUAUUAAUUGGGAAGCAUGGCUUUUCUCUGAAGGAUUACCACCAGUGACUCCUCAAUUUGAUACAACUUUAGCUGACGAAUGUUAUCAAUUAGCAGAAUCAUGGUUCAAGUUUGCAAAAUCAGGGGUCAAGCUGCCUGAACUAGAAAGCUCUGAUAUUAGCCAUUACGAACCCAAUCAACACGCUUUAUUCUUGGACACCUUGAAUAAUCAAUUAAGCACUCUCGAAAAUAUCAGCACAGAUUUCAUUUCAAAUUUCAUACAAACAUAUCCUUUCUAUGCUGAAGUCACCAACGGAGAGAUCAAAGCAUCGUGGAAUGCCUUGGUGAUUGAUCAUGGGAAAUUAGCUCCUGAAAACCCCAUUGUGACCAAAUUCGCUGACUGGCUUGGAACCGUAGGGAGAAUGAAAUUUGUCCGUCCAGGUUACAUUCUAUUGAAGAAAGUGAAUAAGGAUUAUGCCAUAAAGAUAUUCAAGGUUCACCAGGCCAAGUAUCAUCCAAUUUGUAGAUCCAUGGUUCAGAAAGAUUUGGAUCUUGUGUGAACUCAAGCACCUUCCACCAUAUAUCUACAUAUUUAAUUAUCUUUUCAUGAAUGUCUAAAUAAGCAUCAUAGUCUAAUCUACUGUAAGCUUUAAUUUUUCACAACCGCGGAAA